AUGAACAUAACCGGGCUGCUCAGCUCGUACUGCGAUCUGUCCGGCGAGCAGGAGAACCAAAUUAACGAAUUUGUGGCCCAGGCCCUGCUGUACGUUGUCCACCAUCAUAUACUGAGUGUGACGCCCUCCCUGGUGCUGAUACUGUGCUGUCGGAGCAAGCAUACGUGCAAUUUCUACAACGAAAUGAUGAGCACACUCUUCCGCAACUGGGGCCUGGCCCCGCUCCAGAUUGUCAAGGUGGAGGAGGGUGUGCCCUGGCGUCCGGUUGCGGGCCGCAGGCACUUCAAUGUCAUAUUCACGGACUCGUUUGCGGCCUUCUCCGAGAUACGGAUGGAGUACUAUGCCCGCGAGUACAACUACAAUGAGCAUUACUUCAUUUUCCUGCAGGCCCGUGACCAUCUGCUGCAGCAGGAGAUGCGACAGAUCUUUGAGUACUGCUGGCGCUACCACCUCAUCCACUGCAGCGUCCAGGUGCAGAAGUCCAACGGGGAUGUGCUCAUCUACAGCUACUAUCCGUACAGUGUGCGCAGCUGUGCGGAUAUGUCGCCGCGUCUCAUCAAUCGCUACAAUGGCAGCGUCCUCCUCGAGCCGGAGAUCUUUCCACGGAAGCUGCGAAAUCUCUUUGGCUGUCCCCUGCGCUGUGCCCUGUGGAAUGUGCCGCCAUUCGUGGCGGUUCGCUCGCACGGUGGCUACGAGGGUCGCCUGCUCCUGACCCUCGCCGAACGGAUGAAUUUCUCCAUAGCCGUGCGUCAGCUUCAGGCUAAAAAUGUGCGCGACGAGGCCCUGGAGCUGCUGCGUCGUCACGAGGCUGAUCUCACGCUGGGCGGCAUACGGCAGACGGUGGACCGCAGCCAGCAGGCCACCUCCACGCACAACUACCACCAGACGCGCGAGGUGUUCGGCAUCCUGGACUCCAGCUUUGAGCUGAGCUCGCUGGACAUUCUCUUCUAUCCGUACCGGCUGCAGAUUUGGCUGGCAAUUGCCGGGGUCCUGGCCCUGUCGGCGCUGCUGCAGCUGGCCAUCGAGCGGCUGCUGCGCGAGACGCGGCCCGAGUCGAGACUGUGGCUGAAUCUGGAGCUGAUAUUUGUGGGCAUGCCACUGCAGGUGGCGCCACGCUCGCACACCGGACGCCUCUACUGCCUCCUGCUGAUGCUGUACACGCUGAUCAUUCGGACGGUGUACCAGGGCCUGCUCUACCAUCUGAUCCGCACCCACCAGCUGAACAGAUGGCCGCAGUCCAUCGAUGCGCUGGUGCAGCAGAACUACACGGUGGUUGUCACGCCAUUGGUGCACGAGGUGCUCUCCGAGAUACCCAGCGUCGAGCACAUGACCUUCCGCAUUCUCCCCGAUGGCGGGGAGAUGGCGGCCCUCGAGUAUCUGGUGGCCAAUGCGGAGAAGAGCCGCCAUGUCUCUGCCUCGGCCCUGGAAAUGUACAUUCACUUCAAUCGCCUGAGUGAGGAGCGGGCCCGAAGGCUGGGCCAGCGAACGGGCCAGCCGGUGGUGGCCGAUCACUUUGAGAUCAUUGCCGAGGACAUUGUGAGCAUGCAGAUGACGAUGUACCUCAGCAAGCACUCCUUUCUCAUCGAUCACCUGAACGACGAGAUCAUGUGGAUGCGUGCCACGGGCCUGGUCGCCGUUUGGGCCCGCUGGGAGCUCGUCGAUAGCUACCUGCGCAACGAGCAGGGCUUCAAGCAGCUCGGUCUCGUCGAGCUCUAUGCCAUGUUCCUGCUUGUCGUGUUGGGUCAUCUGCUCAGUCUGCUCAUCUUCCUGCUGGAGCUUCUGUCACAGCGUUUGGUUCGACUGCAACGCCUGUUCUUGUAG